AUGCUAUUUGCGGAAAACUCACGAUCUAUCCUCCCGGAGGACCCGAAUUGGCCCUACCUUGACUCCCCAUGGGAUCUGCUGCGUGACUGCCAAGACUACAACUCGGACGCCCCCAACGCCUCCACACUUUUGAGCGCCUGUGUUCUCUCCCACAUGCUCGGCUUCGUCUCCGCCUACAUCUUUCCUAUUGUUGGCCUCUUUGGCGUCGUCUCGAACCUCUUCAUCACCUACAUCUUUCUCUUCGUCUUUCGCAAACCCUCGCGUCAGAUGAUUUACCUCGCUUGUGUGGCAGCCGCCGAUGUCAUCACCAUUAUCCUCUUCGGCUGGAUUUGGAUGUUUCCCGCUAAAGGUCUACCAUACGCCACCGGCGCCAGGGUCUACUUCUUCAUCUUCAAUGUCAACAACUAUAGCUGCAAGGUCAUGCGUUACCUCUACUCCUUCUCCUCAUGCCUCAGCUCAUCUCUCUUUCUCCUCACUGCCUUUGAUCGCUGCCUGUGUAUUUACUUCCCUCUCAAAUUCGCUAGAAUUUCACGAAGAAGAGCGUGGGAGGCUGUUGGUGUCAUCACGCUCUUCUCAGCUCUCGUGAUGCUGCCCUUUGGCUUGCUAGUUGAACAUGGCUUCUCAAAUGGCAAAAUAAUCUGUUGGGUGCAGGUAGAGCCAAACACGCUACAAAUUUACCACGUCCUUCUAGCCAACUCCAGUUUACUUCAAACCGUCCUCGUGAUUAUCAUUAACAUUGCUCUAUUAAUUCGUCUUCGUCAGAGUGCCGUACUCCGUGAGACCAUGUCGAAAUGCACCAGUGCCAACCGCGAGAUUGCAGCCUCCAUGCUGUUGGUCAUCCUCUCCACCAUUGUGGUCAUUUGCGCACUGCCUCAAUCAAUUGCCUAUAUCUUCUCCACGAUUCUGUCCCAGAUGCUUAACGGCGAGGCAGGUCGCAUGGCGGUGCGAAUAGCCUACAAUAUCUCCGACCUCGGAUGGCAACUCCUCUUCUUUCAACAGGCCUCGAAUUGGGUGCUUUACAUGAAGCGGAUGAAGAACUUUCGCAGAGCCACUCUACGUCUUCUGCGAUGUCACUGCAGCAUGGGUCGGGGAAUGGUGGAUGAUGCCUUCGGGUCCAUUCACUACCUCUCAACAAAAGCACGCAACCUCACCAGCGAGCUCCGUUUCACCCGCGCCGACGCCUCGAAGGUCAAUGGCAUACGCUUUCCAACUACCAAAAAGGGUGGUAUCUCCGACCUUUGGAAGAUGAAGUACUCCGGCGGAGUGAUAGGCACGAGUUUUGGCAGCUCGCGACACCAGGAUAGGCGUGGAGAUAACAGCAACUACAACAUUUCAGAGAUUUGUCGGUAUACUUAUCGUGGAAGCAUGCGACAUACGACCACCAUGUCGACAAUUACACCCGGCACCGUCUACGCAGAUGUCGACACACCGACUAAACCUACUCCAGACCCGGGCCGAUCAUUCACUAGAUUUUGA